AAUAAUAUCAAAGUAACUGCAAGUACCCAGGGUUUCUUCAUUGCCCAGUCAGCCGAAGAGGCCAAGCGUGCGUCCUUUUACUGUCCCCGUUGUCAUGGUAACAUCUCCGAUAUGAGAAAAAUCAAACAGUGUGCCUGCACCAAGGUUCAUCGAGCAGUCGAGAGGAGUCGGACCUCAUCGUCUGCUGUCGAAGCCCCCCUGUUUCACAACGCUCUCUUAUGCCCUAUCGGGGUGGAGGUCAGAUUGAAGAAUCGCCGUCCUGUCUCCUCCGUCAACGCCACCAUUGGCGGUGGUAACGCCGUCUCUGUCCACACCUCCUUCAGAAAUCCGCGACGAGGAGCUGCUGACAGCCAAGUCAAGCGGGAUAAAACUUGGGCUUUCCGCCCCCCAGGGAGUAACCCCUAUCAUGGCAUCAUGCGAGGCAACCUGGAGAACCUUCCGCUAGAUAUGUUGGCCACAGUGAAGGUUGCACUCAACGAGCAGCAAGCCUGCCGUUUUGAUUGCACCGGUAUGUUCCACUGGUGCCCCGAGCAGCCCCUACAAGACUGUCUUCUAGAUGUGGAACAGCCUAACAGCGGCCCAAAUUUCGCCGAUCACAUUGUUGUCUGUCUCAAUCUCCACUCAAACGAAGUGAAGACAGUGGUCCUACUGGGAAACCUGGACUAUAUCAAACGGGAGUGGAAGGCACUUUCCAACUUUCCCAACAUCUGGGUGUUGCCGGGGAGUCCACUUUGUCGCGCUAAUCUGCGAGCUGUAAAAAUAAACUUCGCAUCCAUGUGCGUAAUUUUGUCCUCGAAGAGCGACAGUACAAAAGAAGAUCUCACACUGGUGGAUAAAGAGGCUAUCCUCUGUUCCCUUAACGUAAAGGCAAUGGACUUUAGCGAUGCCUACUGUUCAGAAGAAUCUAACCAAUGCCGACAGGCUCCCCUCGAGGUAAGGUGGGCAGAUACUACGCCAGGACCGAACAUCACAAGCGGCGGCGGUAGUACUGGUGGUGGAUCUACAGUCUCGACCGGUUUGGCCAGUCAGACAAGACCAGUGGAUUUUGCCAGCCUCCAGCGUAAUCGUAGCAUAAUUCCGAAUCUAUUUCAGAAAUCUGGCUCGGUCAGUGUUGGCCCGGCCGAGACUGAGUCACAAGUCAUCUUCAGUCGACCACCGCGCUUUGUUUCCGCCACCGGACACACCAUCCCCAUGGCAACCGAGCUCUCCUUCGACAUGAAUGUCCAAUUUCUGGAUCAGGAGGAUGAAGAUGAUGAGUCAGGUGAGCUGUUUAUGACACAGCCCUUCGCCUGUGGCACCGCCUUUACCAUCAGCGUACUUGACUCGCUGAUGAGCACAGCCUACUUUAACGAAAGCGCUCUGACACUGAUUCGGUCCCUGGUCACCGGUGGCUCAACGCCCUAUCUGGAAAAAAUGCUCUCCGACGGUAUGGGUAUGCGUGGCGGAAAUUCCAGCCUCAAUAGUCUCGGCUGUAGGGACCGGUGUCGGGUGGCUCAACUAGCCCUCACUGGAUCGGCAUUCAGCCGAUUCACCACCGAGGGAUCCGUUUAUGAGCAGCUAUUUCUGCACACCCUACGCAAUUACGGUAUUCUCAUAAUUGGCAUCUAUAGGCUGCUGUGUGGGCACAAACUGAAAGACCGGGUUCCGAUUAAGUAUGCAUCAAAUGAACAUUACCGGCGCUUUGUCAUCACCAAUCCCCCACCUCGACUGCCAAUCUAUCCUACCGACUGGAUUUUCUGCUUGGUUCCCUUUAAACACACUUUGGAACCGAGUGCUCUCAAGAGAAUUUAG